AUGACGCGGGCCCAACAAACCAUCAGCAUUGCUAUGCUGCUCACCUCCCUGUACCUCGCCGUAUUCAUGGAGGUUGUCGCCUUCCCCGAGAAAGUCCAAAAGGAAAUCGUUCCUGUCCUACCAUUCUGGGCUCUUGUUUCAUUCGGUGCCUACCUUCUCUUCAAGCUCGGUUGGGGAGUUUUUACUUUCAACGAUGUCCCGGAAGCGCACAAGGAGCUGAUGCAGCAAAUACACGAAGCAAGGAUCGACCUUAAGGCUAAGGGUGUGGAUGUUGGUGAGGACUAA